AUGGAAUCAAAUCACAAAUCCGGGGAUGGAUUGAGCGGAACCCAGAAGGAAGCAGCCCUUCGCGCAUUGGUCCAGCGCACAGGAUAUAGCUUGGUCCAGGAAAACGGGCAAAGAAAAUAUGGUGGACCUCCACCUGGCUGGGAUGCUGCACCCCCAGAAAGGGGCUGUGAGAUUUUUAUUGGGAAACUUCCACGAGACCUUUUUGAGGAUGAACUUAUACCAUUAUGUGAAAAAAUGGGUAAAAUUUAUGAAAUGCGGAUGAUGAUGGAUUUUAAUGGCAACAAUCGAGGGUAUGCAUUUGUAACUUUCUCAAAUAGACAAGAAGCCAAGGACGCCAUCAAACAACUUAACAACUAUGAAAUUAGAAAUGGGCGUCUCUUAGGGGUGUGCGCCAGUGUGGACAACUGCCGGUUGUUUGUCGGGGGGAUCCCCAAGACCAAAAAGCGAGAAGAGAUCUUAGCGGAGAUGAAAAAGGUCACCGAGGGAGUCGUCGACGUCAUUGUCUACCCGAGCGCCGCAGAUAAAACCAGAAACCGGGGCUUUGCCUUCGUGGAGUACGAGAGUCAUCGGACAGCUGCCAUGGCCCGAAGGAAGCUACUGCCAGGAAGAAUUCAGUUAUGGGGACAUCCUAUCGCAGUAGACUGGGCAGAACCAGAAGUAGAAGUUGACGAAGACACAAUGUCUUCGGUGAAAAUCCUGUAUGUGAGAAACCUGAUGCUGUCUACUUCUGAAGAGAUGAUUGAGAAAGAAUUCAACAAUAUUAAACCAGGUGCUGUGGAGAGGGUAAAGAAAAUCCGCGACUAUGCUUUUGUGCACUUCAGCAGUCGAGAGGAUGCAGUUGAGGCAAUGAAAGCUUUAAAUGGAAAGGUGCUAGAUGGUUCCCCCAUUGAAGUGACCCUAGCCAAACCAGUGGACAAGGACAGUUACGUUAGGUACACCCGAGGCACGGGCGGAAGGGGCGCCAUGCUGCAAGGAGAUUACACCUACUCUUUGGGCCAUGUUUACGAUCCCACCACAACCUACCUUGGAGCUCCUGUCUUCUAUGCCCCUCAGGCCUAUACAGCAAUUCCCAGCCUUCAUUUCCCAGCCACUAAAGGACAUCUUGGCAACAGGGCCAUUAUCCGAGCCCCUUCUGUUAGAGAAAUUUACAUGAAUGUACCUGUAGGGGCUGCGGGAGUAAGAAGACUAGGUGGCCGUGGCUAUUUGACCUACACAGGCCUGGGUCGUGGAUACCAGGUCAAGGGAGACAAGACAGAAGACAAACUCUACGACCUUUUACCUGGGAUGGAGCUCACCCCAAUGAAUCCUGUCACUUUAAAACCCCAGGGAAUUAAACUUGCUCCCCAGAUAUUAGAAGAAAUUUGUCAGAAAAAUAACUGGGGACAACCGGUAUAUCAGCUGCACUCGGCCAUUGGACAAGAUCAACGGCAACUAUUCUUAUACAAAAUAACCAUUCCUGCCCUGGCCAGCCAGAAUCCUGCCAUAACGUGGAGAAGACGUGUGGCGUGCCCCCACGAGGUUGCCAAGACCACAGCUGCCAAUGCACAGGGCAGGUCCCCUGGGCUGCGCUGGGGCCAUCAGGCCUGUGCUCGCUUCCCACACAACAGGGUGUUGACAUGUCAGUCUCCUGGGGGUCCUGUGCCAUGGCUUCUCGGAUACGCUGUCCCUAACGCAAGUGCACCUGUGUCCGCGGCCCAGCUCAAGCAAGCGGUGACCCUUGGACAAGACUUAGCAGCAUAUACGACGUAUGAGGUCUACCCCACUUUUGCAGUGACUGCCCGAGGGGAUGGAUAUGGAGCCUUCUGA